AUCGAACCGCAUAUACCGCGGCACACACACUCCCGGCCGUAUAAUAAACGUUAUUUUUUUCCCCACGAACCGCGCUCGGUACACAGCAUUUGUAUCGUAUUAUCCCGGCGGACAGGCAUACGAACGCACACGUUCGCUGCGUUCAGUCAGUUUAACAGACGUUUCGUGCUGGUCGCAGAUCGCGCAUAUUUCUUUUUUUAUUUUUAUUUUUAUUUUAUCGUAUUUUCUUAUCGUACACAUCGCCGUCCUCUAUAAUCAUAUUAUAUUUAUAAAUAAAAAAUAAAAAUAUAAUACUUUAUUUUUUAGCAUGUGAUAACGGCGCAAUCCGAUAUCUGUGCGUGUAUGUGUGUGUGUGAGUGUAUAACCAGUAGAAAUUCAAAAAUACAAACAAUCGGGCGCCGGAUAGCAUUGUCCGAGUGUGUUUUAUCCUCUUAACGAAAAUACCAAGUAUUUUUUUUAUUCAAUAGAAUAUUUACGAAUUUGACAAGAGACCUUUUUCUAUUUUUUUUUUCAAUUAAUUUUUUUAUAAUAUUAUAAUUCUCGUCCAACAAUGGUUAUGGACACGGCAACGUUUUUUGUCGAGGGCACGUCCAACCAGUUCGAGCACGUACUCGGCCUGUACCCGCAAGCGUUGCGCGUCAAGGCGGAGAGCAAAACGAAAAAACCCGAAGAGCUUAUCAAGCUGGACAAUUGGUAUCAGAACGAACUACCACAAAAAAUUAAGUCGAGGGGUAAAGACGCACAUCUUAUUCAUGAAGAAAUUUGCCAAAUAAUGAAAUGGAAACAAACGAGAGGAAAAACAUUCCCUCAAUUAAAUUAUUUAAUAAAAGUAAAUACCCCUCGUGCUGUCAUGGCGGAAACAAAGAAAGCGUUUAAAAAAUUACCCAAUUUAGGACUUGCUAUUACGGCCUUGAGCAAUUUAAAAGGUGUCGGAACCACAAUGGCUUCAGCUCUUUUAGCUGCGGCCGCACCGGAUAAGGCUCCUUUCAUGGCUGAUGAAUGUCUUAAAGCAAUCCCAGCUAUUGAAGGCAUCGAUUACACUGCCAAAGAAUACUUGAAUUUUGUUGCUCACAUUCAGAGCGCUGUGGAAAGACUUAAUAGUGAAUGUAGUGAAAGUACAUGGAAUCCACAUUCAGUAGAAUUAGCCCUUUGGACACAUUACGUAGCAAGUGAAUUAAAACCUGAACUUUUAAGUAAUGUUCCAGAAGCCCCUAAAAAGCCACUAAGCGAACCUAUAAAACCUGAAGCUCAUCUAAAUGGCAAUGCUAAUCAAACAAAGUUGGACGAACAGGCAUCUGAUGAGAGUAACUCCGAGCCAUUACCUCCAUCAAAUGGCCAUCAAUUAGCCAUUGAGGAUGACUCACGUGAUAAAUCUGAAGAUGACGUCACCAACGAUUCCAUAUCAACAUCAGAAUCAGCCCAAACUCCACUGGUUGAGGCUUUAACUGAAGACUCUUCCAGUUUGCCAGCCCCUGAUGAACCUCCUGUCAAAAAGUUCAAAAACGAGGGCCAAACAGUGGCGGCUGAGGCUAAUGGAAACUAAGUUGAUUAACUGGUCACAAUCAAACCAAACUGACCACAAUAGAAUUACAAUUAUUAGUGAUUGUCAAUAAUGGAGAAUAAACUAUUAGGAAACAAAUUUUACGAAGAGAAAACUCCAAAACUCCAGACUUUAUGUAAUUAAUAAUAAUAAUGAUUAUAACAUACAGUUUUACAUUUUGCUUACAUAUUUCACCAUACUAAAUGGAUAUACAUUUCCAAAUUAUUUUAACUCGUGAAUUGAAACUCGUAAAUAUAUUUUUUUUAUACAACAAAAUAAAUUAAGUACAAUAUUCUAAUUUGUUUUAUUCUACUUUGAUAAUUUGAUGAUAUAUUGACUGUACAUAAUAUGAUUAAUAAUAUUUAAAUUUAAGUUUACGGGAAUAGAGGGAUGUCUGAACCAUAUGAUUUAUAAAAUAAAAAAUUGCACUUAAGGGAGUAAUUAUUUUAUAUAGAAACUUGACAAAAUUCACAAGAAACGAAAGCAAA